UUUCGUGUGCCUUGAUUCCAGACAAAUCAAUCAGCUUUUUUGUAGUUGAUAAUUUUGCUAAAAAACUCCAAAAGUGCAACUAAAAAUAAAGCAAUGGCUUCAGUAGGAGUAGGUGAGAUCCUUAAUUUAGAACCAGCUGCGAUUAUCGGUUUUGAUGGUCACGUCAUUGCUGGGUUGCGGAUCCAUCCAGACGGAAGGCACCUCAUCUUCCCACUGGGUAAUGAAAUCUCAAUCUAUGAACUGGAGACCAACAGGCAAACAUUCUUACGAGGUCACACCAAUACGAUUUCAACUGUGGAUAUUUCACCAAGUGGUAAGAUGGUCGCUUCCGGCCAAACAAACCAUAUGGGAUUUAGGGCUUACGUGAUCAUUUGGGAUUGGCAGAGUCGACAAGAGAUAUCCCGGUACGAGUUGCAUCGGGUUAAGGUGCAGUCGUUGUGCUUCACGUGCAACGAGCAGUAUCUUGUUAGUUUGGGCGGAAAGGACUGUGGAUCGAUCAUUGUUUGGGAUAUUGAGCAGAAUAUGGCUAUUUGUGGGACGAUUGCAACCAAAGAAACGACAGGUGAUGCGACAAAAGUUUGUGCGCUGAACAAGCGUUGGACCACUUUUGUCUCUGGAGGAGAUCAGAAUCUUCGCGUCUGGAACAUUGACCCGGAAAAAAAGCGCUUAAACGUGCUGGAUGUGGCUGUUGGUAAGUUAAGACGGGAAUUCACGGGUAUGCGGAUUACGGAUAACGAUGACAUUCUCUACGUUGGAACAAUGAGCGGAGAUGUCGUUAAAAUUGGAUUGAACGUCAGUUGUAGUCCUAUGCAGGACAAGAUUCCCAUUUUGUUGGGUUGCUUCGGGAAGCACAAUGCAAGAAAACCUGUCGGCAAAGAUUGCGAAAAGUAUCACUAUGGUGUGCGUGAUUUGUUAAUCUUACGCGACGGUAAACUGAUAAUUGGAGCAGGAGAUGGGACAAUUGAUAUGGUUCAGGAGAGGAAUGUUAACUUUAAAAAUUAUAAUAGUCCCACAUGGCCACAAUUAACUUCGCUUCAAUCCACUAAAGUCGGAGGAGUUAUAACAUCUCUCCAAAUUGUGAACAACUGUACACUAUUAAUCGGUACAAACGGCUGCGAGAUCUACUCACUUGAACUGAACAAUCUCUGUUCUAGUCUGAGAUUACUGAAGACUUGCCACACCAAUGCAGUCUAUGAUAUUGCCUUCCCUUACAACUUCUCCUUGGUGUUCGCCACAUCGAGUCACGAAUCGAUUCGAAUCUGGUCUACGUCACGCAUGCAGGAACUUUUGCGCAUUGUCGUUCCGAAUUUCGCAUCUUCCUCUAUUGUGUUCGCCCGCGAUGGAAAAAGUAUCAUCUCUGCUUGGAAUGAUGGAGUCAUACGAGCAUUCACUCCACUGACGGGAAAGCUAAUCUAUGCGAUACCGAAUGCCCACAACAAGGGUUGCUCGUCAUUGGCGGUAACGAGCAAUGGGAAAAUUCUGGUCAGUGGUGGUAUUGAGGGGCAGGUGCGAGUGUGGAAGAUCGAACCGUUCGUGCAGAGCAUGAUCGGUGUGCUGAAAGAACACUACGGACCGAUCGAAUCCGUUCAUAUCAACAAUUUCGAUACCGAAGUGGUUUCCGCUUCUAGAGAUGGAUCGUGCGUGAUUUGGGAUUUGAUUCGACUUACCCGGAAGCAUGUCAUCUUUGCUCACACGCAAUUCAUUGCGGCACAGUAUUACCCGACGGGUGUACAGAUAUUGACUGCUGGGUCUGACAAGUUGAUCGGCUACUGGGAAGCAUUCGAUGGCAGUUUGGUGCGGGAAGUGGAAGGAUCCAAAUCUGGACCAAUAAAUGCAAUCGACAUGAACAUGACCGGUGAGCACUUUGUUUCGGCCGGAACGGAUCAGAUUGUUCGAUUGUGGGAUUAUCAGCUAGGUGAGGAAGUGGCCGUCGGUAUCGGCCAUGCAAGUGCGAUCACAUCCGCGCGGUACAGUCCAAAUGGUAAAUUCUUAGUCACUGGUUCGACCGACGGAGGAAUUUUCGUGUGGACAGUUCCGGAGCAAUACCAGAUCAAAAUGUCACCUACAGGUCAAUGCAUGGACGUCACAGAUAGCAUAACGAAGAAACAGUUAAGAGCGAAAAAGUCCAACGAAAACGUGCGCCAACUAGAAUCGGCCCGAUCAGAUAGAUCCAGCCAAAUUGCAAAAUGCCCGGAUGUAGAUCUCACUGCCCAACCAACGAUCGAUCCAUGCGUGGACACGGCAUCACUCGUUGAUGACAAUGAGCAUCAAGAACUUUUGGAGACACGAUCUGUUCACUCCCAGAAAUCACAAAUAUUUUAGUGCUUUAUAUUUAUAUUGCUAACAUUAUAAUUGUAUUGUAUUUCUAUUUUAUACCGAGUUUUUUCCUCAAUAGAGAGCAAGGCUUUUAAUUAUAGAUGU